CUGACAUUCGAUAAUCCGCGAAGAAGAGUUUUCUUCUUCUUGGUUGUGUUUCUUCUGUUGCUAUUCAGAGCAACAUUUUAUUUUAUUUUAAAUGUAAUCUAACCAUUUUAACAUGUCAGCAGAACUUCGGCCAGAACUAGAGAGGUUUCUGGAAAGCCUCAACAUCCAGACCAGCUGUGUAGAACAUCCGCCGGUCUUUACAGUGGAGGAGAUGAUGCCCCACCUGCAGGAUGUUACCGGAGCUGUCACAAAAAACCUUUUCCUAAAAGACAAGAAGAAGAAAAGCCUUUGGCUCGUGUCUGCCCGUCAUGAUCGUCAGGUGAAUCUUAAUGACCUCGCUAAGAAACUUGGAGUUGGCAGUGGAAACUUGCGUUUUGCAGAUGAGGCAACCAUGAUGGAAAAACUUAAGGUGGGUCAGGGUUGUGCAACAGCUCUCGCUCUCCUUUUUGAUAAAGACUGCAGCGUGAAGUUAGUCCUGGACCAAGAUUUGGUGGAGGGAGGACACCCGAUGGUUUACUUCCACCCGAUGACGAACAGUGCCACGAUGGGGAUCCGACCAGAAGACUUGCAGCGUUUUCUCAAGGAGACGGGACAUGAACCCGUCCUGCAGACCUUUGAGUAGGAUCAUGUAGGCUGUGCUACAUGAGAUGUGCUUUAAAGAAAUAAAAUUCCAACUUUAUUGAGGAACAAUUUCGGAUUCCACUUUGCAUGAGUUAUCUCCUAAGACUGCAUGGAGCGCCCCCUGCUGCUAUGACCACUUUCAAACUUGUUUUUUUUUUCUUCAAUGAAGAUCACAACAUAACCUGCACAUCUGGUUCAGCGGUUGGUAGCUGCUAAGUCAGCACUUUCUGACUUGCAUACUAAUGCAGAGAAAGGUAUAAAACUGUUUAUUCUUUUAGGAUGAGACAAUGACAUGGCUCUCAGACAUUCAGGACACCAGUAUAGCAUAUCCUUAACUAUAUUUUGAAACUUCUAUUGAGACACUUGGGUCAUCAUAAGGAACUGUAUAUUCUGUAUGUAGUAUAUGCAGGUUUCUACUGACAGUGAAGUGAUGAACUUAACAUCAGAAUCACUUAAUAAAACGUUUUUGUUCAGAUGGACAA